AUGACUCUGUUUGUCUCCUUGUUUUCUCGUCGACGUUCUCGCCAGGCCCGCGAGGAGAAUGCGUUAGCGAGUGAUGCUGCUGGUGCGGCGUCUGCAGUGCAGAAGAAUGGGACCAACCAAAAAGCACCUCGGGUUGAGCUCGACCUUCCACACAUCAAACCGUCCGAGGGACCACCCCGGCUCGAAUUUGAUAUCGAACCCAGAGACGAUGACGACAAGCCCGUGAACCCAGCCUCGGUAGAACUCCCCACGUCGCCACAGAAUGGCCGGCCAGAGUCGCCGGGGACGGUGGUGUCCAAGAAACGGUCGUUGUUGUCGGUAAGAAGCUUACAGGGGAACGAUGGACAGCAGCCCUUCUCCCAGGAAGGGAGGAGACGGCCUCGUCGGAUCUCUGUCUUCUCGUCGCUCAGAUCUAGACCUUCGACUGCGAUGUCGACUGCAACAGAGCCCGUGCCGGAGCUUCCAAGGUCGCCCAUCUCACCACACAGCAGCCGAACUUACUUCCCUCCAGACCCCAAGUUCCAGCUUGAUCUGAAGCCAGAGGCCUUUGGCAAGGCGUUUAACGGAUCAACCCUGCCCUUUGUUGAAGAAGUGUUUGGGGACAAUCCUGAAACAUCAUCGCAAUCUCCCGGCUGGCAGAGUCGUCAAAAGACCAGCACCACUUCAGAUUCAGGAAACCAUGUUUCACGGGAAUGGACAUUACCAGAUUUAUCAUCGGUCAUCAAUGGAGAUACCUCGAACACAAAUACAAAUACAAAUACUACAGUAACCCAACCCGGCUCCCCAGCUAAUGGAACAUCCACUCAGCAAACCACCAACGCCUACUCAGAGACGACAGAAAAGAGUUCAUCAGAGACCCUCCCAUCGCCGCCAUUGCCUACUUCGUCGGGAUCAGGAUCGGUCAAAUCUACUAAUCGCAACUCACUAAAGAGAUUCCUCAGCAAGAGACAACCACCACACUUGCUUCGGGGCAACACACCAUCUCCCCCAACCGCCACCACAUCUACUACCACGACAAAUGGUGUGGCGGCAGAGUAG